AUGUCUUUAGCAGGUAGAGAGCUAGAAGAUGCCAUUUGUAACAUCUGUCGGGAUUAUUUGACAGACCCAGUGACUAUAGAGUGUGGGCACAACUUCUGCCGGGGCUGCAUCAACCAGCACUGUGAGGAGGAGGAGGAGACAGCCACCUGUCCUAAGUGUGAAGAAACGAUCCAGAAAAGAGCCUUCAGGUCCAACACGCAGCUGGGCAGCAUCGUACAAUUCAUCAAACAGGAGUUAAAGCCAGGACAAAAGGGAAGGAAAGAAAAUGUCUGCAAGGAACAUGGCAAAGAGCUCACAUGGUUCUGUAAGAAGGAUUCCAAAGCCCUUUGUGAGGAUUGCAAAGGAUCCCUGGCUCAUCACUCUCACGCUGUGAUUCCCAUGGCAAAGGCUGCCCACAAGUCUAAGUUAGAAUAUAACUCAUUAAAUGAAACUGAUCACUCAAACACUUACAUUCCCACAGCCAUGCCCUCUGCCCAUCCUUUGAGGAAGCUACUGGAAGAAGUGGUCUGUCCCAUCUGUCUGGGUUACUUCAAGGAUCCAGUGAGCAUAGACUGUGAACACACCUUCUGCCGAGUUUGUAUCACAGAGUACUAUGAAAAAUGGGAAAUGGAAACAGAGGGAGUUUUCUGUCCAGAAUGCAGAAAAAAUAUUAAGAAAGAGAAUUUCCAGACCAACAGGCAGCUUGCCAAAAUCGUGCAAAAUAUCCAGGAAUUGGGGAUAAAACUUGAAGACCUAAAAAAGCAGACAGUCUGCAGGCAGCAUGAGGACAAACACAAGUGGUUCUGUGAAGAUGAUGAUGAGGUGAUCUGUCUGGUUUGUGAUAAAACCCACAAGGAGAGAUCACACACACUGGUGCCCAUCGAGAAGGCUGUGCAGGAAUACAAGGUGAAACUCCACAAAGACAUGAAACUUCUGAAGAAAGUGAGGGAGGAGAUUUCAGAGCUGAAAUCCAAGGAGAAGAAUAAACCCAAUGACUGGAAAGAAAGAGUAAAGUGCCAGGAACAGCAAAUCUUGUCUGAAUUUGAGAAACUAGAGCUGCUUCUGAAUGAGGAAAAGGAAUUCUUUCUCCAGAGACUGGCUGAGGAAGAGAGGGAGACUCUGGAGAAACUAAAUGAGAAUGUAACCAAACUCGCCCAGCAAAGCUGGUCUCUUCAGCAGCUGAUCACAGAGAUCGAGAAGAAGUGUCAGCAACCAGCCACUGAGCUGUUGAAGGAUGUAAAGGGCACACUGGCCAGGAGUGAGCAGGUGAGGCUGCAGGAACCAGAGCUCAGUGCUGCUGAGCUCAAGGAUGCGUACGGAGUCCCUGGCAUGAUGGAAGUGGUGAGGAAAUUCAUAGGGGAAGUGACUCUGGAUCCAGACACGGCUCAUCCCUACCUCGUCCUGUCUGAAGAUCGGAAACGUGUGAGACACGAAGACACACGCCAGAAUCUGAGUGAUAACCCUGAGAGAUUUGAUAAAUAUCCCAGUGUCCUGGGUGCUGAGGGGUUUGUGGGUGGGAGACAUUACUGGGAGGUGGAGGUGGGAGACAAGCCUGAGUGGGACCUGGGGGUUUGUAGGGAAUCUGUGAGCAGGAAGGGGAAGGUCACACCCACACCUGGGAAUGGAUACUGGGCUGUGUGGCUGAGGAAGGGGGAAUACAAGGUCCUCACCUCCCCCAGGAUCCCCCUCCCCGUGAGCGUCAGGCCCAGCCAGGUGGGGAUUUUCCUGGACUAUGAGGCGGGCAAGGUCUCAUUUUACAAUGUGACUGACAGGUCCCAUCUCUUCACUUUCACUGACACCUUCUCUGGGACUCUCCGCCCUUACUUCUGUCCUAGUGGCAAUGCUGGGGGUAAGAACACGGCUCCCCUGAUAAUCUGCCCAGUCCCAGCUCAGGCCAGAGGGAAUCUCAGUCCCUGA